AUGGGAGACGAGAGCAGCGAAGAUGGCGAGAACGCCUCCGGUCUCCUGCGGCUCGUCUGGUUCCGGCAGAUGCUCCACCGCUGGCAAUCCUCCAGCACUGUCGCCGCAAGAAGACUCGGUGCCGACGACGCGGACGGCCCCGACGCCUCGACGGAUCGUCAGGACAAUGACACCGCCACGUCGGCCUCCGCGGACGAUGACAACGACGGGAAGCCGCUGCUGCCGACGGAUCGCGCGGACCGGCGCCUGCCGCGGGUGGUCGUGGUGGAGGAGCAUCGGCGGGCGCUGGACGCGGAGGGGGACAAUCCGGGGUCGUCGCCGAUGACGCCGAUGACCCCCGAGGCACCCGCCGACGUGCCGCGGGGGUGCUGCGCGGUGUACGUGGGCGCGGAGCGUCGGCGGUUCGUGGUGCCGACGGCGUACAUGGGCAUGCCGGUGUUCCGGCGGCUGCUGGAGAAGGCGGAGGAGGAGUUCGGGUUCGACUACCACGGCGCGGGGCUCACCAUCCCCUGCGACACGGAGGCGUUCAAGUACAUCCUCGUCGUCAUGGACAGGCACCGGCAGGGCCUCGUCGACGACGGUACGCGGCCCAACUCCUCGCUGCCGGCCGCAAUCGCACCGACGCACCUCUAG